UGUACAGACUCUCAAAUGACUGCGCUAGUAAAUAUUCACGACCAAAUCAGCUGAGGACGAGGCCGGCCAGCGUCGACUUGCAGCGCUAACCCGCUCCUUGUUGUGUUUGUCGUCGGGGCGGCCAAGAUGGCAGCGGGCUCAGAGGCCCCGGACUCCUGGUAUCUUGCCCUUCUUGGCUUCGCUGAACAUUUCCGCACGUCAAGUCCGCCGAAGAUCCGCCUGUGCGUCCAUUGUCUGCAGGCGGUGUUUCAGUUCAAGCCGCCGCAGCGGGUCGAGGCUCGGACUCACCUGCAGCUGGGCUCCGUGCUCUACCACCACACCAAGAACUGCGAGCUGGCCAGGACCCACCUGGAGAAAGCGUGGUUGAUCUCUCAACAAAUCCCUCAGUUCGAAGAUGUCAAAUUUGAAGCAGCAAGUCUUCUGUCAGAGUUUUAUUGUCAACAGAACCUGGUGGACUCCGCGAAGCCGCUCUUGAGGAAGGCGAUCCAGAUCUCUCAGCAGACUCCAUACUGGCACUGCAGACUACUGUUUCAGCUGGCACAACUACACACACUGGAGAAGGAUUUGGUGUCUGCUUGUGACCUGCUAGGAGUCGGAGCAGAGUAUGCAAGAGUCGUGGGCUCAGAAUACACAAGAGCUCUGUUCUUACUAAGUAAAGGCAUGCUCCUUCUGAUGGAGCGGAAGCUGAGCGAGGUGCACCCGCUGUUGACGCUGUGCGGGACCAUCGUGGAGAACUGGCAGGGAAACCCCAUUCAGAAAGAGUCCCUCAGGGUUUUCUUCCUGGUGCUGCAGGUCACACACUACCUGGAUGCCGGACAGGUCAAGAGCGUUAAGCCAUGUCUGAAGCAGCUUCAGCAGUGCAUCCAGACCAUCUCCACUCUCCACGAUGAUGAGAUACUACCCACCAACCCUGCUGAUCUCUUCCACUGGCUGCCCAAGGAGCACAUGUGUGUGCUUGUGUACCUGGUGACUGUGAUGCACUCCAUGCAGGCGGGCUACUUGGAGAAGGCACAGAAGUACACAGACAAAGCGCUCAUGCAGCUGGAGAAGCUGAAGAUGCUGGACAGCAGUCCCAUUCUGUCCACGUUUCAAGUCAUUCUGCUGGAGCACAUCAUCAUGUGCCGGCUGGUCACGGGACACAAGGCCACUGCCUUACAAGAGAUUUCACAGGUGUGUCAGCUUUGCCAGCAGUCUCCCAGGUUGUUUGCAAAUCAUGCUGCCCAGCUUCACACUCUAUUGGGCCUUUACUGUAUCUCAGUGAACUGCAUGGAUAAUGCUGAGGCUCAGUUCACUGCUGCUCUACAGAUGACAACACACCAGGAGCUGUGGACGUUCAUUGUGACCAACCUGGCCAGUGUGUACAUUCGGGAAGGCAACAGGCAGCAAGAGCUGUAUGGCCUUUUAGAGAGGAUUAACCCUGAUCACAACUUUCCUGUCAGCUCUCACUGUCUGCGAGCAGCAGCUUUUUACAUCCGAGGGCUCCUGUCUUUCUUCCAGGGACGUUACAAUGAGGCCAAAAGAUUUCUUAGGGAGACCUUGAAGAUGUCUAAUGCUGAGGAUCUAAAUAGACUGACCGCCUGCUCACUAGUGCUUUUGGGCCAUAUCUUCUUUGUCCUGGGCAACCACAGGGAAAGCAACAACAUGGUGGUUCCUGCCAUGCAACUGGCCAGCAAGAUCCCUGACAUGUCUGUCCAGCUCUGGUCCUCUGCACUUCUCAAAGAUCUGAACAAAGCAUGUGGGAACACCAUGGACGCCCAUGAGGCAGCCCAGAUGCACCAGAACUUCUCCCAGCAGCUCCUGCAGGAUCACAUCGCAGCCUGCAGCCUCCCUGAACACAAUCUCAUCAGUUGGACAGACGGCCUUCCUCCUGUGCAGUUCCAGCCUCAGAACGGACCCACAACCAGCCUGGCCAGUCUGCUCUGAGAGAGAAAACCCAGCCUGACAGAGAGAGAGAGAGGCGAGGCAGAGGAGCAGUCGUGGGGAAAGAUUUUAUAAAUAAGAUGAAGGGACUAAAAGGAAAAGCAACUGAUAAAAGGGUAAGAAGAAAGACAGGCAGGAUUGUGAACUUAGAAAGUAAGGGCAGACUGUACUGUGUCACUGGGCAGGCUUCCAUUCACCCAAGUCCAUUCAACAAAUAUAACGGAUGCAUUCCUGAUCUCAUUUGGGGCACCAGGGCAUAAUGACUUGACCAAUUUUUUUCUGGACAACAGUGUCAUGGACACAUUUUUGCUGCUCUAAACUUUUAAGCAGUUGUCAGAGUUUCUUCUACCGGCUCAGAAGCUAGUAAAGGGUUAAGUUCAUUUGGCUGAUCCUGUCCCUUCACCUCAUUUCCUUCUUCCUUUGGUCAUCUGUGUCCCAAGAUGGUACAACAACAAGGCCGUGACCAUCAAGAGUCCAGGUUCAGUGUCAGGCUGGAUUAUUGUGAUUGGUUGAAAGGGGAAUAAAUAUCGUGGAUGUUUUCCUUCUUUUAUAUGUGUUAUUGGGAAAUUACUUGCUGCUGACAUUGCCACAGAGCUACAAUAAAGUAAAAUAAACAGGGAAAAUUAUUAGUGUUUAAUCCAAAGCAUCUAUUGCUUUGGCUGUACUGACAUGGUUAAAUGGGACUCAGCCUGUUCUAACAUUAGUUAGAAUACUAUUAAUCAUUAAAUCUGUUAUUUUAAUGGUUUAAAUAUAUAGUUUUGGUAUGUCUGAGAUGUACUUGGUUGGUGAGUGGAAAGCUGCCUGGAAAACCUGAAAAGGUUGUUUAUUCACUGUAGAGGAACAAGUCGGACAUCUGUGGGCCAGAGAGAUGAUACUGCAUGCUGUUCAUGUCAGUUCAUCUCAAGCACAAGCAGCUGUGUUGAGCCAGACUGGAGACAGUUCCUAAACAAAGUCAUGGAUGUACUGGACCUCAGGAAUAUCUCUGAAUUUCAUAUAAAUGCAGCUCUAGGCCUGCUUGACAUCCAGUAGUAUUUAAUGUUUUGAAACGAUGUGAAAAGUAUAUUUAAAAAAUAUAUAUAUAUAUAUUUUGACACUGUGAUGCAUCAAAAUGUUUGCAUUUUUGUUGACUUGAAUUCAACUAUUCAUUUGAUUGACUGAUUUUACUUUAUUUUAGCUUUUGACCAUUUUAACUCUCACUGUGGCGCACUCAGUAUUACAUUAACUUGGAUUCAGAGGAACCAGAUAUCAGUGUUUCUUCCAAAUUAAAUGGUUGAAUCUUUGCACAUGUUGUGUUUCAUAUGAUGAAACUAACUUUUUUUAAGCCUUUUUCCACAUAACCAUUUUGGAAUAAUUAUUUUUUCUUUAUAAAUGUUCAUUAAAAAGACUCUGCACAUAGCCUGGAUUAUUUGGGGCAUCCAAGCAAAGUAUUGUUCUUUACUCAUUUCUUCCAGGUGAUGGCGAUGUAAAUCUCUGUUUAAACAACCUGUUAAUGUAGCUGAAAAAACUGUUGUCAUACUGUUUUACAAAGUUUAUUUUUGGUUUGUUUUUAUGUGUUUACAUUUUAUUGCAUGGAUCUGCUCUUUGCCAUCAUAUUAAUUCAUUUUAAUGUAUUAAAAAGGUACCUUCUGUCAUUCUAGGAGCCAUAUAAAUAUCAAAUCAGUGAUGUUUAUAUGUUAGGGAGAGUUACGUUUUUAAUUUGACCUAAUCAAGGCAUUUAUUACAUUUUUGUUAAGUUUAACUUUAAUACCAUGUUGGGAAUCAUUUUGUUUUUGUACAGCUAUAAAAAUGAAUUUGUUAUUAUUUUAAAGAAAACUAUGGCGUCUGGUCAUUUGAAAGCGUGGCAGCAAACACUAAAGAGCUAUGGCUGACUUUUAUUUUACUGGCAAAUGCCACAUAGUAUGAGAUUAAAUGCAGUUUUUUUUU